ACUCCCUCAGCAGAGGGGGGGGGGUGCUGCUGAAAGAGAAAGUGAAGCUGCUGCUCUCCGUCUUCACUUCUGUGCAGCAGCAGCAGGAUGGAGGUUCUGACGGUCCUGAGGGUUCUGCUGGUUGUGGUUCUGCUGCUGGUCUCGGUGGAGCGUUCAGAGUGUGUGCGGUGUUUUGCACGUUUCGACCUGGGUCAGUGUGAUGAAGACCUCGGCGAGGUGGAUGAAGACGACUGCUGUCAGAACCAUCACUAUGGUUACCAGGAAGCAGAUGGAGAGUGUCAGUCCUGUGGGCCUGCCGUGUGGUCUCCCUGGACUCCGUGGUCACCGUGUAACGUUCUGUGUGGGGAAGGAGUGACGCAGAGGAGCAGGAAGUGUUUCGGCAUCGGCCAAUCAGAAUGCGAAAACGCUGAGGACAAACUGGAGACAGUCCCCUGCAGCGGCACCUGCUGCGACGCGAAGGGGUGGGGCUUGUGGCUCCCGUGGUCGCCCUGCUCGGUGACCUGUGGAGGAGGCGGAGUCAGGAAGAGAGAGAGAGUCUGCUCCAGUUCCCCUGAGUGUCGCUUGUCCUGCAUCGGUCCAUCACAGGAGACAGAGGAGUGUCCAGCAGACAACACCUGUCCAGUUCAUGGCGGCUGGUCCAGUUGGACCGAUUGGUCUCCGUGUUCUGCUAGGUGCAUCAGUGAGCGGGACGAUGUUGUCAUCAUCCCCUCCAAAUUGCGAUAUCGCUCCUGCUCUAACCCCGCCCCUUCCAAUGACACGGCGCCACCUGGAAAUGCUUGCCCUGGAGACGAAUUCCAGGCCCUGGACUGCAGCGAGCUCCCAAACUGUCCAGUGGACGGCAGCUGGGGGGCGUGGUCUCCACCUGGGCCGUGCUCAGUCUCCUGUGGGGAGGGGCUUCAGCUGUCAAUCAGGAGGUGUGAUCGUCCCGCCCCUAAAUAUGGCGGCCGAUUCUGUGACGGACCGAGCACUAAGAGCAGCGUCUGUCAGAGUCCCUGUCCAGUCGACGGGUUCUGGUCCGGGUGGUCUGUCUGGAGUGAGUGUUCUACUUCAUGUAUCCCACAACGCCAAGCUUCUGUCAGAACUCGCCAGCGCUUCUGCUCAAACCCCGCCCCUUCCUCCAGCCCGCCUGGCAGAGAUUGCCAGGGUGACGACAGGGAGAGAGAAAACUGCAACCACCUGCCGCACUGCCCAGUGGACGGAGGUUGGGGAUCUUGGUCUCCCUUGUCUUCCUGUCCUGUUACCUGUGGGGUAGGACUUCAGGUGUCAACCAGGAGAUGUAACAGCCCCGCCCCUGCACAUGGCGGCCAAGAUUGUCAUGGAGAGGAACGUCGAACCAGCAUCUGUAAGACCAACGUCCACUGUCCAGUGGACGGGAUGUGGUCGGAAUGGUCGCCAUGGAAUCAGUGUAAAUUCCCGUUCGGGAAUCGGGAAAUCCGCUGCAAGCAGCUGGGCGGCAGUCAGACUCGAGAGCGCCAGUGUCUUCACCGAGCUCACAACGGAUCCAUCUGCAGCGGGGACGCUCAGCUGGACAGACGGGUCUGCUAUGAUGUCACCAACUGUUACUUGAAAGGCACCUGGGACGGCUGGGAGCAGUGGAGUCUGUGUAAACCGUCCUGUGGAGGAAAGUCCAAACGCUUCAGGAAGAGAUACUGUAAACCCGAUUACAGCGAAUACAAUCCUACCAUCGGCCGUCAGAGGGACCCCGCGACGUUCUUCGGGACUCCGAAUGCUGACUGCGGCGCGGCGCCCGAGAACGGAAAGAAAGUUGAAGUUGAGCCCUGCCUCAACGUUCCCCCCUGCCCCUGACAGCCCGCUCACCGACGACUUUAACAACAGUUUAACUACUUUAUAUACAGAUAGAAAGUUUAGUCCACUGGUUCCCAACCUAGGGGUCGGGCCCUCCAAAGGGUCCCCAGAUAAAUCUGAGGGUUCUGUUCAUUAGAACAGUUACUGAAAUGAAACCAUGUGAGAAAAGUCUCAGUCUCAUAAAGUUCCCUAACAAGACCUAAAGGCUGAGAACCACUGGAUUAUUUUUUAAUAAUGUGCAUUUUAUAAACGUAUUUUGAGGUUUUUUUACGUAACGUCUUAAUCUGAAAAGUAUAAAGCUGUCAGAUAAAUGUCGAGCAGUACUUAUGUGUGUAAAUGUACCAAGUUACUUUCCACCACUGUUGAAAUAUAUUAACAUUACACUGACAGGUGUUUCUAAUAUUUUGUCCACCCCCAGUUAAACGACAUAUUCAUUACAGGUCACAGCUGGAGCAUGCUCCGUUGAUAGUAAACUAACAGACCUAAACUUUAGGUUGAGCUGGUUCCUGUUUGUUUCUCUGAUUAACGUGUUGUUCUGCUCUGUUCUCGACUAUUAAACCUGUGUAUCGUCAAAAUAAAAUAAUCCACUGAA